UAGCUCGAAUUCUCGCGUGGUUCACUCAGAGCCUGAGGCGUCGGGAGUUUCGUUUCUCUCAUUCCUCACGCCGGUUCCCCUGCUGCAUUGCUCGCUGCGUUGUGUUGGGCUGAAAAUGCUCCAUCGAUCUCUUCGUUUUGCCACUUUUCGUCAAAAAAACGUACGAUUGGUGUGGAACACCGCAGAGAAACAAAAACAAGAUGCCCAAGAAGCGACAAGUUCAUUCAUGUUUGAAGACCUAAAAGUGGAACUUGUGCCAGAGUCCCACCGCAAACCGAAGCCUGAUCCUGCAAAACUGGUAUUCGGACAAACAUUCAGCGACCACAUGCUACGGGUAGACUGGACAGAAGCCAAAGGAUGGACAGCACCCAAAAUAUCUGGCCUGCAGAACAUUUCACUUCACCCAGCAGCCAAAGUGUUCCACUACGCUCAGGAGCUCUUUGAAGGCAUGAAGGCUUAUCGUGGUCAUGACGACAAGGUCAGGCUUUUCCGGCCAGAUAUGAACGUCCGCAGGCUUCUCAACUCCGCAGCCAGGCUAGGGCUUCCGGUGUUCCAGGGUCAGGAGUUCCUUAGUUGCUUGCUCAAGCUUGUCAGCAUAGAAAAGGAGUGGGUACCAAAGUACCCCAUGAGUUCUUUGUACGUUCGACCAACUCUAAUGGGAGUUGAGCCAACCCUCGGGGUUUCACGUUCAAACGAAGUCAUACUCUUCGUCAUCACGGGCCCAGUGGGGCCAUACUACAGCACAGGGAUAAAGCCUGUGUCAUUACUGGCUGACCCAAAAUAUGUUCGAGCCUGGCCAGGGGGCACAGGGGACAAGAAACUGGGAUGCAAUUAUGCACCAACACUAAUGGUGCAAGCUGAAGCCGAGAAACAGAAUCUCCAGCAAGUGCUAUGGCUCUUUGGUGAAGAGGAGCAGGUCACUGAAGUCGGAGCUAUGAAUGUUUUCAUUCUGCUGAAGAAUAAAAGUGGUGAGACUGAGCUGGUAACCCCACCUCUAUCGGGUAUCAUAUUGCCCGGGGUGACUCGUCAGAGUGUCCUUGACCUUACCAGAGAAUGGAAUGAAUUCAAGGUUUCGGAGCGCAAGAUCACCAUGGCAGAAGUACGAGAUGCUUUGAAGGAGAAAAGGCUCCUGGAGAUUUUUGGCUCAGGCACAGCUUGUGUCAUCUGUCCUGUAGGAAGAAUCGUUCAUAGGGGAGAGGACUUACAUAUUCCAACCAUGGAACAGGAAAAUGCAGUCACAACGAGGAUUCUUAAAGCUAUCACUGAUAUUCAGUACGGCGUGGUGCCGCACAGCUGGGCUGUGGAAGUGGACUGAGAAGACAGGAACUGACAGGACCUGCAACUGAAUCUCACUUGCACAUGUACAUAAUAAGUUAUGUCUAGUCAUUGUGGCGGAAGGGCCACAAACGUGUACUAGAGCAUUGAGACUACCAAAAUAAACCUGGUUGGCUGA